AAAAGCCACUGCGGCAAAAGCCAAAAUAAAAUAAUUUCCCCAAAAAAAUUGUCUAUGAAUGUUGCUUUUCAUUUUUAGUUCAGAUGUCGAAACAAGUGAGAAUUUAGUGAAAGUCAUUUCAUAAAAUAACAAAUACUCAUUCAAAAAUGAAUAAAUUAAAAUCAUCACAGAGGGAUAAAGUGAAGAAGUUUGUCGCCUUCACGCAGACUACGGAGAGCACAGCUAUAUUCUGCUUGGCGCAGAACGAUUGGAAACUCGACUUGGCGAGCGACAACUAUUUUCAGAACCCCGAUGCAUAUUACAAAGACCCUGUGAAAGCCUCGGUAGAUAGGAAAAAAGUAGAGCACCUCUUCAACAAAUACAGAGAUCAGCAGGAGAACGAUAAAAUUACUGUUGAUGGUGUAAUGAAAUUUUUAGAAGACCUAAAUUUAAGUCCAGAAUCUAUAUUAGUACUUAUAAUCGCGUGGAAGUGCAAAGCGGCCGUGCAGUGCGAAUUCACGAAAGAAGAAUUCAUGACAGGUUUGAUAGAACUUGGUGCUGACAGUGUAGAUAAAUUAAAAACAAAAUUGCCAACAUUAGAAAUGGAAAUAAAAGAUCCGAAUAAGUUUAAGGAUUUCUACCACUUUACGUUUAACUAUGCAAAGAACCCAGGUCAGAAAGGCCUGGAGCUUGAUAUGGCGGUAGCUUACUGGAACAUAGUGCUCCGUGGGAGAUUUAAAUUCUUGGAUGCGUGGUGUAAAUUUCUAACGGACAACCAUAAAAGAUCAAUUCCCAAAGACACAUGGAACCUCCUGCUAGAUUUUGCUACUCAAAUUGAUGAUGGAAUGAGCAACUACGAUGCAGAAGGAGCCUGGCCUGUACUCAUAGAUGACUUUGUUGAAUGGUGUCAAAAGCAAGAAUUAACAGCAGAUGGUGUAAAGUCUUUAGAGCCUGCGUCUGGCUAGCUGACAAUUUACAGCUGCAAACAGUAUGGAGCGAGAAGCAUACACAAUGUGUCCGCAAGCUCAGAGGUUCACAAACAAUGUUUCUUCAUGAAACUUAGAUUGUUUGUUUUACAUAUGCUGUCUUGCUUCGUUCUGUACAGUCUGGAGCUGUGUGCAGUCGAGUGGAUCGCAAUCAUUAUAGUUUUUGAUCUGUGUAGCUGACUAAAUUGGAAAGUGAUAAAGACAUUAACAUUAAAUAGAGGCCUUUAGUCAAAGAACUGUAUAGUGACAUGCUACAUCUGUUAAGUGCAGUUAUUAGUAGUGAGGUUUAAGUAUGGACGAGGAACAUCAUUUUGUAAAAUACUGAAUAAUGCUGAAAAAUGCUGUCACAUAUUAUAUAAACAUGGGGUGAAAUCAUAGUAAAUGAACAAUGAUAGUGUCUCUUGAAAUUAAUGUACUAACCACUUGUACUCGAACUGUACAAAGCUUGCAAGCUCGUCGUCCGUUAGAGUUAAAUACAACCCCUAUAUCUAGAAUGCCUGUUUCCUAAUUUAAGAAGAUAAUGGUUUAAAUUAAAAAGGAAUUUUUCAUUGAAAAUUUUAGGAAUAUUUAAAAUGAUUCACUUUAGAGGUUAAAAUCAGAUUUAAUAUUUGCGUUAUAGCAUACUAAUCUGUGAGGAUAAUAAAUUAAGAUGUAAAUAUGUAUAUACAAGUUAAUGAUAUUAAUUUUUUUUUUUAAUAAUUAUUAAAACUUAGAACCUUCCUAUUUUAUUUUAUUUCUUAUCUUGACUUGCAGCUGUGUUUAGUUCAAUCUUGAAUUAUUAUAUGUAUAAAGUUCCUCUUUUUAAUUUUUUUUUUAAAUUGCAGUUUUUUUUGUGUAGGCAACAUUUUAAAAUUAACAAUGUAAUAUGUGUUUCUGACUAAUUUAAAUUCUUAAACAGUGAGUUAAAAAGUUAAAUUUUUGUCUCUGUAUGAAUUAGCUAUAUAUUCUAUUCUCCUAUCAAAGAUUGUGCCUAAAUCUCAUCUUUUAUUGAGAUAGAAAAAAAAAAGAGAGUAGGUAUUGUAAGAAACUAUAUUGACAUGAACAGCACACAGCAAUUAUACAUUAUUAUAACAUGAUAUGAACAUUAACUUGGAAGCAAUACAGAUCUAAUUUUAUUAUUAGGAGAGUUUGUUAAUAUGCAUUAAUAAAAAUUGUUGAACUUU